GAAAAUAAUAAAAAAAGCUCUCUCCAGAGGUUCCCCGAAACCCUUUCGCCUUACGUAGGGCGUUGAAGGGACCAGCGGUAAGCAGCUUGCGAAGGAGAAGGAAGAUUCUGAAACCAGGGUGGCUCUGUCUUCCCCCUACCAUCGCCUGAAACCAUCGCGGUACAGUCGCUACUAGAGCUAGCUGGGAAGCAACGACGGGAUCGCGGCUUACAAAGAUCUCCAAAACUCCGUAUUUUCUUCCUCCACGUGCUAGCAAACAAAAUGGGUGCAAAGGCCAAAAAAUCACUAAAAAAGAAACUCAUUAAAGCCUCUCAAUCAGCUGCUGCUCGACGCGCAAAGGAGCAAUCUUCAGAUUUCCUGCCUUUGGAAGGGGGGCAGGCUACGGAAAUUCCUGAAAAGGAAGUGGAGGACAAGGCUACUGUUCUAUAUAUUGGUCAUAUACCUCACGGAUUUUAUGAGGAGCAAAUGGAAGGUUUUUUCAAGCAAUUUGGCAAGGUGAAGAGAUUGAGGAUUGCUAGGAAUAGAAAGACUGGAAGAUCAAAGCAUUAUGGUUUCCUUGAAUUUGACAACCCAGCGGUGGCCAAGGUUGUGGCUAAUGAGAUUCAUAAUUAUCUACUAUUUGAGCACAACCUUCAGAUUCAUCUGAUUCCUCCAGAAAAAAUUCAUCCAAACUUGUGGAAAGGUGUGGGUAAGGUCCAUAACCCACACAAGUGGACAGAUAUCGAAAGGUGGAGGCAUAACAAGGACAGAACCGCAAAACAACAUCAGAAUUUGGUGCAAGGAAUUUUGAAGCGUGAUGCGAAACGGCGCAAACGCAUAAAGGAUGCUGGUAUCGAAUAUGAAUGUCCUGACUUUGUGGGUCUUGUUCAAACAGAAAAUAAGAGGAUCAAAUUUACUGAUGAGGAAGAGGAGUAAGGCAUUCAUAGGGUUUAUCUUGUUAUUAGAAAUUGUUUUUGGACUUAAAAUGAAAUGUUUAAUUAAGCAAGAAGAUUCAAUAUUAAUUUAUUCUCUUUUUUUAAUUAUAAUUUUUUGAAGAUCAAAACAAUUUAUGAUAGUGGUCUUUGGAUAGU